CAACUCUGCGUGCAGCGUGGCGAUUGCUAAAAAUUUUUAUUAUAAAAUUUUUGCACUUUUCGUACAAGAAAACAACAAUGUCGGCACUAAAUUUAAUCGUUCGCGUGCAUCCCGUGGUGCUUUUCCAAGUUGUGGACGCGUUUGAGCGCCGCAAUGCUGACUCACAUCGCGUCAUCGGCACACUGCUGGGAUCGGUCGACAAGGGAGUCGUCGAGGUUACCAAUUGCUUCUGUGUGCCGCACAAAGAGCACGAUGAUCAGGUGGAGGCUGAGCUGAGCUAUGCCCUGGACAUGUACGACUUGAACCGUAAGGUUAACGCCAACGAGAGUGUAGUUGGCUGGUGGGCCACUGGCAACGAAGUGACGAACCACAGCUCCGUCAUACACGAGUACUAUGCUCGCGAGUGCAACAAUCCUGUACAUUUGACUGUGGACACCUCGCUGCAAGGUGGACGCAUGGGACUGCGCGCUUAUGUUUGCAUUCAGCUCGGUGUGCCCGGCGGCAAGACCGGUUGCAUGUUUACCCCCAUACCCGUGGAGCUUACCAGCUAUGAACCCGAGACAUUUGGUUUGAAACUGUUGCAAAAGACGGUAGGCGUGUCACCAGCCCAUCGGCCGAAGACCGUCCCACCCAUGCUGGAUUUGGCACAGAUUUCGGAAGCUUCACAGAAACUGCAAUCGCUGUUGGACCUCAUACUGAAAUAUGUGGAUGAUGUUAUUGCCCACAAAGUGACACCGGAUAACGCUGUUGGACGCCAGCUGCUUGACCUCAUCCACUCAGUGCCACACAUGUCCCACGAACAGUUCACCCAGAUGUUCAACGCUAAUGUACGCGACCUCCUGAUGGUCAUCACACUCUCACAAUUGAUCAAGACGCAGCUGCAGCUCAACGAGAAACUGACGUUCCUGCCCACAGCUUAGUCAGAGAUCGGUUUGCAUCGGAUUUUAAGUCAGAUUUAAGAGCAAAGUUUAAUUUACGUAUUGUGUAUUUACCGUUGAUGCGUCUAAGUAAUAAAAAGCUCAGAUCACCAAGAA